GGCGCGGGCGAGCCGAGAGGGGCCCCCGCCCUCCGGCCCUCUGCCGGGAUGCCCCAGCCGCCUCCGCGCCAGCCCGCCCGCCAGCCACGCCCACGGCCCUUGGCGCCCGGUGCUCGGCUCAGGGCCGCGGGAGCUGCAUCCGGAGGCGAGAGCAGAGAGCGGGAGCCCCGGGCGUCCGAAUGCAGGCUGCCCGUGGUCCCUGGUGUCCCCAAACCACCACCACCAAAGGCUGCUGCUCUGUGACGAGGCGUGGUCGCCAGGAGGAUGCCUCGGCCACCUGCCCGCUCCCGUCUGCACCAUGGGUGAUGAGCGGCGGCUGCCUGGCAGUGCAGUGGGCUGGCUGGCAUGUGGAAGCCUCUCCCUGCUGGCCAACGCCUGGGGCAUCCUCAGCGUGGGUGCCAAGCAGAAGAAGUGGAAGCCUCUGGAGUUCCUGCUGUGCACACUUGCGGCCACCCACAUGCUCAACGUGGCUGUGCCCAUCGCCACCUACGCUGUGGUGCAGCUGCGGCGGCAGCGUCCUGACUACGAGUGGAACGAGGGCCUCUGCAAGGUCUUUGUGUCCACCUUCUACACCCUCACCCUGGCCACCUGCUUCUCGGUCACCUCCCUCUCCUACCAUCGCAUGUGGAUGGUCCGGUGGCCCGUCAACUACCGGCUGAGCAACGCCAAGAAGCAGGCGGUCCACACGGUCAUGGGCAUCUGGAUGGUGUCCUUCAUCCUGUCAGCCCUGCCUGCCGUCGGCUGGCACGACACCAGUGAGCGCUUCUACACCCACGGCUGCCGCUUCAUCGUGGCUGAGAUUGGCCUGGGCUUCGGUGUCUGCUUCUUACUGCUGGUGGGUGGCAGCAUGGCCAUGGGCGUGGUGUGCACAGCCGUCACCCUCUUCCAGACGCUGGCCGUGCAGGUGGGGCACCAGGCGGACCAGCGCACCUUCACUGUGCCCACCAUCGUGGUAGAGGACGCACAGGGCAAGCGCCGUUCCUCCAUCGACGGCUCGGAGUCAGCCAGGACCUCGCUGCAGAUCACAGGCCUGGUGGCCACCAUCGUGGUCAUCUAUGACUGCUUCAUGGGCCUCCCUGUGCUGGUUGUGAGCUUCAGCAGCCUGCGGGCUGGCGCCUCAGCUCCCUGGAUGGUGCUGUGUGUGCUCUGGUGCUCUGUGACCCAGGCCCUGCUGCUGCCCGUGUUCCUCUGGGCCUGUGACCGCUACCGGGCUGAUCUCAAAGCCAUCUGGGAGCAGUGCAUGGCCCUCAUGGCCAAUGACGAGGACUCAGAUGAUGAGACCAGCCUGGAGGGUGGCAUCCCUCCAGAUCUGGUGCUGGAGCGCUCCCUGGACUAUGGCUGUGGAGGUGACUUUGUGGCCCUGGACAGGAUGACCAAAUAUGAGCUCUCUGCCCUGGAGGGGGGCCUGCCCCAUCUCUGCCCGCUGCGGCCCCUGCAGGAGGACAAGAUGCAGUACCUGCAGCCAAUCAUUGACCCCACCAAGGUUAACCCUGACAUCGGUUGUCACCUGCCCCACGUCUCACAGCUCCGAGCAGGCAGCGCUGGCCCCCGACCCGCAGACCGCCCCAGCCUCGCCGCAGCGCAGCCCCGGCUAAAGCCCGCCGCGUCCUCGCAGGUCCCGCCCACACGGCGCUCCUCGCACGACGACGCGGAUGCGUGGGCCCUGCCACCGCCCUGGGGAUCCGGCGAGGACCUGGCGGCGUUGACUCAGCUCGUGCUGCCCCCGGGGCGCCGCAGCAGCCUGCGCGCCUUCGCCGAGGACGCACCCCCGUUCCGUGUGCGCCGCCGCUCGGCCGAGAGCCUGCUGUCACUGCCCGCCCCGGACGGCCCCCCGCGCCACACCCGCACCUCGCCCCCAGGGUCCCCGCGCCGCCGCUCAGGACCCGGAGCACGCUCUGCCUCGGUCUCGCUGCUGCCGGAGGCCUUCGCGCUCACCGCCUUCGAGCACGAGCCGCACGCUCUGCGCCGCCCGCCCGCCGCGCCGCCCGGCCACGCCCCCUCCUUCCCUACGCGCGGGCCGCAUGGUCACGCCCCCACACCCCCUGGCGGCCCCGGCGCACAGCGCUGCCCAGGCCCAAGCCGAUCUGCGCGUGCGCAGUUCGGCCCGCUGCAGACCGGCCUGAGCGCGUCGUGGGGCGAUCCCGGAGGCCUGCACGAGACGGUCACUGGCGGUAGCACUAGCAGCUUCCUGAGCUCGCCCUCUGAAUCCUCGGGCUAUGUCACUCUGCACUCGGACUCGCUGGGCUCUGCGUCCUAGGGUGCAGUAACCCACCGCAUCAGAGCUGCCGCCUCUGCCCCGCGCACUGCGUGCAGAAAUGUACCUCCUGACCCGGGCGUAAGAAAGCAAGGGGCUCAGCGCCUCACUUGGUUCCUUCCUGCUGCUGUUUCCUGGAGGGCUGAUUCCGGCCCUGGAGGACCACUCUAGGCAAGAACUACUUGGGCACUGGCCUUGGUACUGCGCCCUCUGCAGCUGGGCCCGGGUGCAGCCGAACUUGGGACGGCCACCCUCAGAACAAACUACCUGGAGCCAGAAGCCACUGGACUUUUUGAAGCUUGGCACCCUACAAUGCCACACCCAGGGGCAGGGGAUGCAGAGAGUCUCUUUUAAGCACAGGGGUCUUCAGAGCCCAAACACGCUCCCUGAGCAGGUCUUCAGGGCUGUGACCUGUUCUGCCUCAGUUUCCCUAUCUGAUGAGCAGGUGACCAUGUUAUCUCAGGGCUGUUAGACGAAGCCUCCCGGUCCAUGUACACUGGCCGCCGCUCGGACUGAGUGGACGGGCUGUGAAAGUUAUCCUAAGACCCAUUUUGGGUCCUUCACGAAGGUCAGUCUUUAGCAUGUGACCCUCACUCUGUCCCUUGCCUCCUUGGGGACUCUCACUCCACCUCAGCUUAGCAGAGCACGUUUGCACCCUCACCAGUGGCACUGCCCUGACCAUUGUUAGUGACUCCAUGUUUACUGCCCACCAUCGAUGCCUGUCUGUCCCCAACAUGGUGGCCAAGUCUGUGAUUCCUACCACGAAGGCUGUGGGCUCACAGUGCAGAGGAUCAGGCAGAGGGGAAGUGGGCUUCCUCACAGCAGCGCAGUGUCCAUCCCACCCAUGCAGUCCUGGCCCCUACAGGACUGCUCUUUGCUGUCCCUUUUGGGCAGACCUGUUGCAGGCCUGGGCUCUGCCAUGAAUCUCUGCCCAGGCAAGAGAGGCCCAGGAAUAACUGAGAUCUGGAGAUGGAGAAGGCCCCCAGCCACUGUGCAGUGGCCCCUUGUAGAGAGCUAGAUCAAGUUCCAAGAACAGCACAGAAGCACCCUGUGUCCCGCUUCCUCUGCCCUCCAUGGCCAGGCCCUACUACUCGCCCUCUACAUAGGCUUCUGCUUCCAAAGGAAACCCUUCGACCCUGGCUUCUGAGGGGUCACUGGUCAUGGGCAAGCAGGCAGUGGACUUUGGUCCAGCCCCAGCAUGGUAGGGGCCGCCUCUGGCCACUGUGCCUUUGAUGACCAACCUGUCACCUGGUGUAAAGGCCACCAGCUGGCCACUGUCCUCCACUCCCAAGUUAGCCCAUUGGUCACCAUGGGUUUUCACUUUGUGUAUUUCAUGUCCAAGGCAAUACUUGCAGGGGGAGCCAUUCCCCAAAUCACUCCUGAUUUUUACAGCAUUUAGGGGAGAACUGGGGACUUUCCCACACUCUGUCUCCAGGCCUGUUUGUAAAGUGAUUAGCAAGGGGCUUUCUGGGAGGAACCUCAGUCUACACCCCAAGCCCAGCCCAGAGUCAGGGAUCCGUUUGUAGUUUUUUGACAACCUAGCAUUUCUCUGUACAGGACCUGAUAAAGCUUCCUUAUGA